GGCGGCGAGGGCCCAUCAUGGCGGCGGUGGAGAGGGCAGGAAGUCCCGGCGGCCGCUGACUCUCCCAGCCCGGGGGUCCCUCCGUCCUGUCCUGAUUUCUUGUGUGACCGGAGGAGCUGUCAGAAGGGGCUCCAGCCCUACAUUAGGGGCCACUCCUCCUCAGAAGCUGUAGACCCCUUCCCUUUAUAGAAGGGAGACCCCCCAGGGGCCUGAGGACCCCCAGAAACGGGGAUGACCAAGGAAGUGACCGCGGGGACGAGACGUGUGUGUACUUACCGGUGCUGCUAGGCCGGGGGCGCCCCCUAUUUCACUUAACCCCUUGGUGACCUGACUGACUUAACCCUUUCAUGACCCUGCCAUAAGCCAUGCCAUGGCUGACCCUGGGAGCAGCCCCCCAUGAUCCCCAGCGCGCUGCCCCUGAGGAGCGUCUCUGCAGACCCCCGACAUUUAUGUUUUUUUGUGAUGAAAUCCUCAAACCACAUCCUGCUCCAUCUGUGACAGCCGAAGUUCCUCUUCUCAGCGACUUGACAUGAGCGCUCGGACGCGGUGAGACCAGGGGAGCGCGACGGACGCCAGCAAAGAGCGAAACGCGCCGACUGGAAACUUUUUACAUUUUUCCCCCGCAAAUUGUUGGUUCAUCCUAUGGGUCAGCAGCCCGGAAAAGUGCUCGGGGACCAGAGGAGGCCCAGUCUGCCUGUCCUACCCUUCAUUAAAGGGGCCGGGAAGAAGGAGGCCGCCAAACAUGGCGGCCCACACUGCAACGUCUUCGUGGAGCACGAAGCCUUACAGCGACCCAUCGUUUCUGAUUUUGAACCUCAAGGUCUGAGUGAAGCUGCUCGCUGGAACUCCAAGGAGAACCUCCUGUCCGGACCCAGUGAGAAUGACCCCAACCUGUUUGUUGCUCUCUAUGAUUUUGUGGCCAGCGGAGAUAAUACCCUGAGCAUCACUAAAGGUGAGAAGCUCCGAGUUCUCGGCUACAAUCACAACGGAGAGUGGUGCGAGGCUCGGACCAAGAAUGGCCAGGGCUGGGUGCCCAGUAACUACAUCACCCCGGUCAACAGUCCUGAGAAGCACUCGUGGUACCACGGGCCGGUGUCCCGCAACGCGGCUGAAUACCUCCUGAGCAGCGGCAUCAAUGGCAGCUUCCUGGUCCGAGAGAGCGAGAGCAGCCCGGGGCAGAGGUCCAUAUCCCUACGAUACGAGGGCAGGGUGUACCACUACCGUAUCAAUACAGCGUCUGACGGCAAGCUCUAUGUGUCCUCAGACAGCCGCUUUAAUACACUGGCCGAGCUAGUGCACCACCACUCAACAGUAUCCGAUGGACUGAUCACCACGCUACACUACCCAGCGCCAAAGCGCAACAAGCCCACCAUCUAUGGGGUGUCCCCCAACUAUGACAAAUGGGAGAUCGAGAGGACGGACAUCACCAUGAAGCACAAACUGGGCGGCGGUCAGUACGGGGAGGUCUACGAGGGCGUCUGGAAGAAGUAUAAUCUGACCGUGGCAGUGAAGACGCUGAAGGAAGACACCAUGGAGGUCGAGGAGUUCUUGAAAGAAGCUGCUGUGAUGAAGGAGGUGAAGCAUCCCAACCUGGUGCAGCUGCUGGGGGUGUGUACGCGGGAGCCCCCGUUCUACAUCAUCACUGAGUUUAUGACGUACGGGAACCUGUUGGACUAUCUGCGAGAGUGCAACCGGGAAGAGGUGACGGCCGUGGUACUUCUUCACAUGGCAACUCAGAUCUCGUCAGCCAUGGAGUACCUGGAGAAGAAGAACUUCAUUCACAGGGACCUUGCAGCCAGAAACUGCCUCGUUGGUGAAAACCACUUGGUAAAAGUUGCUGAUUUCGGGCUCAGCCGCCUAAUGACGGGCGAUACAUACACUGCCCACGCUGGAGCCAAAUUCCCCAUCAAGUGGACGGCCCCGGAAAGCCUGGCGUAUAACAAGUUCUCCAUCAAGUCCGAUGUCUGGGCGUUUGGCGUAUUACUCUGGGAGAUCGCCACCUACGGCAUGUCCCCCUACCCCGGCAUCGACCUGUCGCAGGUGUACGAGCUGCUGGAAAAGGAUUAUCGCAUGGAGCGUCCCGAGGGCUGCCCAGAGAAAGUGUACCAACUCAUGAGAGCAUGCUGGCAGUGGAACCCUCUAGACCGGCCGUCCUUCGCUGAGAUCCACCAGGCCUUUGAGACCAUGUUCCAGGAGUCGAGUAUAUCGGACGAGGUGGAGAAGGAGCUGGGGAAGAAAGGCAUAAGAGUGAAUGUCAGCUGCCUUCUGCAGGCCCCCGAGCUGCCAACAAAGACCAGGACCUCCCGAAGAGUGACCGAGAACAAGGAUGAUACCACAGAUACCUCACACAGUAGGGGCGCCGCUGAUCAGGAUGUUCUGGAUCUGGAGUCGGCCGCUGUGUCUCCUCUACUCCCUCGCAAGGAACGGACUGGCGCUGCAGAUGUCGGGCCUGAGGAUGACCGUCUGUUACCCAAUAGUAAAAAGGCCAACCUCUUCAGCACACUGAUCAAGCGGAAGAAGAAAACUGCCCCCACCCCACCCAAGCGCAGCAGCUCCUUCCGUGAGAUGGAACCGAGGUGCCUGGAAGGAGAUGGCAGAGACGCCAGCAAUGGUGGCGAUAUAGAGUCCAUGAAAUUCACGAGUAACGGGGCCACCAUGACCAAUGGCUCUGUGCAGGGGGGUACGCUCUUUUUAACCCCACACUGGAAAAAGUCCAUCACGAGUGUAGGGCGGCAACCACCCCCGGGAGAAGAGGAUGGGAGCAGCACCACCAGCAAACGCUUCCAGAGGUCAUCUUCUGCCUCAUGCAUGCCCCAUGGGUCCAAAGAUAUGGAGUGGAAGUCAGUCACUCUGCCCAGGGAAAUGCCCUCCACCAGGCACAUGCUGGACCUGUCUGGAGGUGUCCAAAAAGCAGACAGACCAGCUCUGCCUCGUAAAAGGGGCAAUGAGGUCAAACCAGACCUGUUUAGUUCUAGGGGGGCAGUGACACCACCUCCCCGCCUUCCCAAGAAAACCGAGGAGCCCACAGACGAAGUGUUUAAGGAUGCCGACCAAAGUCCAGGCUCCAGUCCUCCCAGUCUGACCCCCAAAUUUCCACGUAGGAAACCUGGCGGCCCCUCGUCUUCCUCCCCUGUACAAAAAGAGGAGAGCGGGAACAUAAGAACUGCUUCAGAGUUCGUCUCCUCUGCUAAGGUGACCCCAGGCGCUGGCAGAACCGAGACAGACCUCCGUCUCCGGAGACUCAAAGCAACAGAGUCUGCCGCCAAGGACAAAAUGAAAGCAGCGAAGGUCAAACCGAGCCCACCUCUACCACUGUCCAGCCAGACCUCUCCGUCUUCCACCAGCACGAAGCCUUCAAAGAUAUCCUCCCAAAGCCUUAGCCACGACACCAGCACAAACGAGCCAAAGCACAAGGCCGCAAACCAGAGUGAAGACCACUUGAGAACAAACCCAGCUGUGACGGACACCGCCAAGAAAGCCACGCCACUGUCCACCACCAAGCCCCUAUCCACGGAAAAGCGGGCCGCAGUUCAGACGGGGAUCGACCAACCUCAGCCACCCACAUCCUCCUCCACCGCUUUCAUUCCACUCAUCUCCACUAGAGUUUCCUUGCGUAAAACCCGCCAACCUCCCGAGAAGCUGCUAAGCGGAGCAGUCACCAAGGAGACGUUGCUGGAAAGCACUGAAUGCCUACGGGCCGCCAUCAGCCGAAACUCUGAACAGAUGGCCAGCCACAGCGCCGUGCUGGAGGCCGCCAAAAACCUCCACGCCUUCUGCACCUGUUAUGUGGACUCCAUUCAACAGAUGAGGAACAAGUUUGCUUUCAGAGAAGCCAUGAGCAAGUUGGAGAACAGCCUCCGGGACCUUCAGAUAUGCCCAGCCGCCACCACGGCAGGAGGACCGGCCACGUCUCAGGACUUUACCAAGCUGCUCUCGUCUGUCAAAGAAAUAAGCGACGUGGUUCAGAGGUAGCAUC